GAAGAUUUAGCAUACGAUACUUACAACGAAGGAGCCAAGAAUUUUUCCUCUGGAAAUUAUGAGCAAGCUAUUGCUUCAUUUACCACUUGUCUCUCUCACAUUAAAGAGUGGUACUAUAUAAUGGUUAUUGGAGUUAAAGCACACCUUUCACGUGGAUUAGCCUAUUCCAACUUGUCAAAACAUCAAGAGGCUAUUCAAGAUUUCGAACAAGUUGAUUCACUCACUGAAAAAUACAUUUCCCAAUUAGAAGAUCUCUCUGAUAAGCUUCCAGUCCUCCUCACCCAAGUCAAAUCGUGGUACUUGAAAGGAGUGAGUGAGAGAAGCUUGAAAAAUCAUGAAAAUUCACUCAAAUCUUUGGAUAAGGCAAUUAAAUUGGGAAAGGAAUAUAACAAACUUGUUACUGAAUCAAAUCAAAAACAUCCAAUUCACAACUAUUACAUGACUCGUGGUUUGAUAUUUAACGAUCAGAAGAAUUAUGAAAAGUCCACAAAGAAUUUCAGAAAAUUCAUCAAGUUGUGUCCAGAGGAGGGAAAUAAUAACAUGGAAUUGUUUAUAGCCAACCAUAAUUUGGGAAUUGGAUUGGAGAAGUUGGACAAGGAGGAUGAAGCUUUUGAGGCCUAUUCAGAGGCAAUUUCUCAUUUUGGGAAGGUUUCGGAUAAGGAAAAGCAAUGGAAAGCUCAUUCAGGUUCACUUGAUACUUAUUACUAUCGUGGAUUGUUGAGUGAGAAGAAGGAAUCAUCCAUGAAGUGCAUUGCUGACUAUGACUUUGUAUUGAGAUAUAAUCCAAAUCACUUGCAUGCCCAUCAACACAGAGCAGCAGUUCUCUAUCACUUGAAAGAAUACGAACAAGCAAUUGAGAGUUUUACAAAAGUUAUUGAACAUGACCCAAAGGAUUUUACUGCCCUCUUUAAUAGAGGCAUGUGCUACAAGUUUGUUGGAGAAUUGGCCAAGUCAGUGAUUGAUUUCAAUCAGACAACCAAAGUCAAUCCAGAAUUCUUCAAGGCAUAUAGUGAGCUUGUCAGAGUUUUGAUCAAGUUGGAUGAAAAAGAUCCACAACGAUUGAUUCCUCUCUAUACAAAGAGUAUUGAACUGAUUGAGGCUGGAAAGGUGAAUAAGGACGACAUACCAAAUGAUCAAUCAAUUGGUGCCAUUUACUUUGAACGUGGUGUUCAACUUGUUAAGGAUGAAAAAUAUCAAGAAGCUAUUGAUGAUUUCACUUCAGCAAUUAAGAAAGAUGGCAAAUUUGUUGAUGCCUAUUUUAAUAGAGCUAAUGUUUACAGAAGAUUUUUGAAGAAACCUGAAAAGGCAUUGUCUGAUGCUGAGAAGGUUUGUGAAUUGGACGAAACUGAUGUAGAUGGAAUGAUGGAAGUUGCAAUGUGUUUAUACGAUUUGGAUAAGGUUGAGGAUGCCAAGAAACAAUUCGAAAGAGUUUUGAAAACUAAACCAGAUCAUGAACCAGCAAGAAGAUAUCUCGAUUAUUUGAAUGACGAUACAGAGGAAUAAAAAUACAUUUCCAUGUU